GUCGCCACUACGAUCCGGAGAGUGCUGCCGCUGGUAUUUAGCCGCGCGCGCCGUAGUAAACAAUACCCGUAUCACACCGUCCGCCGUGUUCGUACCGCCGAGCCGUGUGCCGUUGUCACGAGUGUUGGACGCUCCGCGAAUAACACACAGUAUACGAUAGCAGUAAUAAUAAUAAUAAUAAUAAUAUUAUAAGAGAAAUUAAAUCGGUUUUUAUUUUUUUUUUUCUCUCUCUCUCUCUCUUUCUCUUUCUCUCUCUCUCUCUCGUAAUCUGCUUUCGCGUUCCGUCGGUUUGUCGGCUGGUUCGUUAGGCCGCCCGUCGUUAUCGCCCUGACCGAGAAUGCUGCCGCCGCGGUCGAGCCGCACGAACGACGCCGUUGUGGAAACGCGGCGUCGGCCGUAGUGCGCGGCGCUGUAUAGACGGGGCUACGGUAGUGGUACGUGGUGUGUUCAUGUACCGCGCGCGUACGUAGGCAGUGUGUGCGACGGCCGUGUCCGUACAAAACGCGACGCGCCUUGGGUGAGAGCCGCUCGCAGCGUGCGUAAGUGUGUACCCACCGGAUAACGCAACAACAAUAACGACGACGACGGCUACGGCAACAUCAGCACCUCCUCCACACGGUCGCCGCCGCCGCCGCCGCCGCCGCCGCAACAGCAGCAGCAGCAGCAGCAGAUUGGAGCGGCUGCUGUUAGAUGCAGGUGGCCACUUUGUUCCGUGAGUCGGCCACUCUACUAGGAGCCGCUAUGGAACCCAGUUCGUCGACGGACAGCAGUUCGCCCUCUCUGAAACAACAGCAGCAACAACAACAACAACAGCAACAACAACAACAACAACAACAGUAAGCUUAUUUAUUAUUUUUAUAAGUAUUGUUUUUUCGUUUAUUUUAUUUUCGCAAUUUUUUUCUUUUCGGUAUCCCUUAUCUAUAGGUUAGUUUUGGUUGUACCCGAGUGGUGCAAUCGCGGUUAUCAAUAACGCUAUUAUUUACAGUCGGAUUGUUUAUUUUUAUACAUGCACGGGCAUGUACACCUCGCGAGACACACAUCGUUAUUGUCGGCUAACCUUGCCGCUAUAAACGUUUCGUUGGUAUUUUUUUUUUCCUUUUAUUUUUUUUUUUUCUCUUCUUUUUGCUAUCCGAGGGAGGAUCUGUCGACGCGUACGAAAUUCGUCCACGUCGUUUCGUUCCGUUUCGUUCGCUAUUAUUAUUAUUAUUAUUAUUAUUAUAUAUUUUUUUUUUUUUCAUCAUGUUCUUUUGCCUUCCCCGACCACCGUCGCCGGAUACGGUUCGUGUGUGUUGCGCUCAGACUACGCCGGCCGACCGAUUACCGUCGGCCGUGUGUGAAAAUUACAACGUGACGGCGAUUACGCUCGCACGCACAUCCAUAUAAUAGUAUAUACGUUAUUAUCAUUCAUUGUUGUUGUUGUCUGGUGUGUGUGUGUGUGUGUGUGUGUGUGUGUGUAAUAAUCGCGUUUGUACGGCGGCCGUUUUUUUUUUUUUUUCCUUUCUUUCUUUCGAACCCUCCCCUCCGUCGCCGCCGCCGCCGCCCCUCCUCAGAAAACCCCCUUUCCGCCCGGUCAAUCCGCGCGUUUAGGAAUCCGCGGGGCCGCGUGCAGUUUCGUAAUUAAUCUACCCAUCGUUUUACGGCGUUUUUUUUUAAUUUUUUUUCCCCCUCCCUCCCUCCUUCUUUUCUGGCGUCCGACCCGGCCGAAAUAUUAUAAUAAUAAUAAUAAUAAUAAUUUAACCGCGGUGACCGGCGGCCGAUCGCCGCACGUACAGCCGCGGCGGUAAGUCUUUGUCGGCCGACCCGUACGCUGCCCAUAUAACAGGUAGGCAAAACCCGUGUGACCGCGUCAAGUAUACUCGUAUGACCGACCGCGACAACGGCACGCCGCGUUUCGCAUUCAAACGCGGACGGACCGGAGACGAGAUUGCGUAUAGUCUGUAAAAAUAUUUGUACAUAAUAAUAUGUUUUGUUUUUUUUUUUUUUUUCUCUAUUAUAAAGCAUAAUAUUUUAUGCACCGGGUGUACUGCGGGCGUUUCGGCGGGUUUUCCGGUACCUAGGUGUUAUUUUGUAAUAAAAAAAAAAAAAAAAAAUCAACUAAGAAAUUGAUAGCUUAUUAUCAAUAAUAUAUAAUGUAUAAAAUGUCAGAUUGGUGUAUCUUAUCUUCAUAAAUAAUUAUUUAUGUAUUUCAGCACACCAUUCCUACUAAAUUAGUUGUACAUACUAAUUAUUUACAGAAAAAAAAAAAAUAAAUAAAUAAAAAUACUUGUUGGGAAAGGCGCUUAACAUUUUUUUUAUCGGUGCUUUACUUAAUUAUUACGGUAUUAUUGUGUUGUGUCCGCACACCGAGUCUAUUAGGUACUUAACCUCACAUUAUUAUUAAUAGAAUUACGCCUAUACGUUGGACGCGGUUAGAUAAAUAAUUUCUGCGGACCGGAGGGAUUCUUUUCGACAUUCGCGCCCGGACGAACGGAACAGUAUCUGCUGUCUAUUUUCCGUUGUUAUUUUUUUAUUUUUUUUUUUUUUUACGUGCCGUUUUAUGCCGUAGCUAUACGCCGGAAUUGUACUUUCAGAAAACGUCGAAAGUAUGCACGUGUCUUUGGCGGCGUCGGCCGCGCGGUUAGGGUGAAAGGGUUUUGUGUAAAGCCGUCGUGCCCCGGGGCCGUCGUAUACAGACUCCGAGUGCAGAUAUUAUGAUUGCGAAUCGAAAACGAAACCGGCCGAAUGCAUCGAUUUCGGGGUUCCGCUAUGAUAUUGCGUAGGACUCGAUAUCAAUGUAUUUCGUUCAAUGACAAAACUAGACGUUGACCAACGUCGUAUAACUAUAGUCGACAUAUUUUGUUCGAAAUAGCUUUCGUCGGUGGCGCCGAUUUCUCGAAUUUGUUCCAGAUUUGUAACGACGCGGCCGAGAAGCCUGUUGGGAAAGUUAAAAGGGCCCGGAGGCCGUACGUUUCGUUUCGAAGAUGCCCGCCCCGGGUCGCGCGAAAACCCCCUUUGUUUAAUGCGUAGAAAACUAUUUUCAAAUGUGUUCAACGCACACGUUUAGAUAGAACGGCGGUUCACCCAGAAACUCGUUCCUCUUAAAUUCGAAUCAAAAUCAAAAGGACAUUAUAACAGUUCCGUACGUAUUGUGGCUACGGAAACCUAAUACUAAUGACCGCGCAAUUAAAACUUACGAUUAGGUAGGCACCUAUACCCACUUAAAAUAUGGUACGUGUGGGUAAUCCGUUCACCCGUGUAAAAUAAUAUUGUUUUCUGAAUUCAUAUUGAUUCGUCUCUGGAUUUGUUGGUACCUAUGUUCAAUUGGGAAACAAAUUUCUUUAAUAUUUGAGGAAUAAUGCUCAGCGCACGCCGACGCAAUCCAACAAAUCCGUAGGUUUACACCAGUAGCGUAGCCGGAAAUCUCCCGAGUGGGUCCACUGGAUAAAAAUCAUAAAUUAUAUUAUGAAAGUCGUGUGCAUACACCGCCUGGGUACGUGCAAUACGAAUAUAUAAUAAAUCGGAGCGUUGGGGGGGGGAGGUGGCUGGGCCCAUCUGGUUCCCUUAGGUACGCCACUGGUUCAUAUCGCGGCGAACACAUUCCGUUAUACAUUGCGUGUCUAUUAUGUUUUUGAAAAAAUAAUCUCGAGUACAGUGUAAACGUUUUGAUACUUGUUUAAUGUUCAUUUGUCAAAUGCUCGUUAGUUCUUUAGGCGUGUAGUUUGGAGUCUGGAUUGUAACCGCAAUCAAAUGUAUUUAAUGGGACGUGUUAUGCCCAGAGUUGUGCUUCAUAAAUAUAUAUGUUUUUUUUAACAUUUCGUUUGAUAAUAAACACAUUUUAAACCGUUGGUUAUAAAUCACUUUUUCGUUAACACCAUAACAGUAAUUAUUCUACUUGUGAUGCCGACUUCACAAGUGCGCGUAUGCACCACGGUUUUCGGAACAUUGAAACAUUAAGUGUUCGAUUGCAUCCAGAACUGAAGUUUUAUAAAAAUUCGCUGUAUUAGUACAUUAAGUAACAAAAUAAAGGGUUUCUAAAACACAAUUUUUUAAAAACAUCUUCCCUGCUCCGCAAAGAAUCUUAAAUCUAUGAAAAACACGCGUAGUUAAUAAUAAUCGACAAGGUAGUUGUAUGCAAGUACCCCCGCAAGUACCAAUCUACCGAUUUGUUUUCGUGGUGACUUUUUGUACUAUUAUUCAGUGUUAAAACCGGUUUAAACAUACCUAUUGGAGAACUUGUGUAAUAAUAUAAACGUGAAUAGAACUUAAUUGCUUAAUAUAAAAAGCAACUAGGUAAUAAAUAACACCCAUAGGUGUUCUAUGCAUCUGACAAAUGAUAAUAAUACUUUACGAGAAAAUCAAACAAAAGCUGUACAAUUAGUAGCUUUUCCGGUAGUAUGAAAUAUUUUAUUUUGCUAGGGUAACGCUCGCCAUUCAAUAUAUUUAUUUAAUCGGUUUUAUCCAUUUGUAAUUCUUAAAGAGUUAUACGUAAAACGGCGAAGAAGAACCGUCCCAACUGGCAAUUACGUUGUAAGUAUGGUACUGAGACUAGAUAGGCAUUCGCUUCACUUUGUUUGUCAACCACUUUAUUCUGCUUCUCGCUGUCAGUCGUUGAACUGAUGUCCUGUUUUUUACGAGUACCACACGUUAAACUUGUUGAAGUAGAUAGGUACUUGAUUUUUUCUAAAAGAGUGACAUUGUUGAAAUGUAUUCUUGAAAACGAGGAUUCAACUAGACGGUCUAGACCUAUACCAGUGGCGUCAUCGCGUUAAUUCCACGGUGGGCGGAUAUUAUAAUAUUUGAUAAGAAUUUUUUUUUUUUUUUUUUAAGACUUGCGGAUUACAUAGAUAAUAAUAAUAGAUAACUAGUAGAAUAUCAUACGGCGGGAUUGGUGAUAUAGGUGGAUUUUAUAUUGGCAGGAUUGCCUACUCCCUCCCCCCUCAGGGACGCGCCUGGACAUAACCAUUUCGUAUUUUCUUGAUUUUGUUUUAUUUUAUCAAUACAUUGACCACUGUUUGAACCGGCUGUUGGUUACUUUUAACUAUUGACAUGAUUGCGUUUUUUCCUCGGUCGUACAACGGGCACAACCGCCAAGUUAAAUGAUAGAACUGUGAUACGAAUAGUUCAGCGGUUACGCGUCAGUCUAUGGGGUCGUGGGUUCAAAUCCCACACAAUGUGUAGGUAUUUUUUUUUUCAUUUAUCUUACGAAACAUUUCCUAUGACCAUGGAGGGACUCGGUUAUGACGUGAUGAUUAGAUUAAAUUCUUAAUUGGUUAGACAAUCGUGUGUCUUUUUUUUUUUUUAACCUUAAAUUAGAACAUGACAUAUGUUUUUAUGACUGAAAUAAUAAUUUCUUAUUACAAUCCUAAACAAAUAUUAAACUUAAAAGGACAGAAAUAAUAUAGGUAGGUAAUUUAGUCUAAACAAUCUUCAAUACUCAUAAAUUGACUUAUAUUGCCUACUUUACUUAUCUAUACCUACUUGUAAUCGAUUUUGAGAUAUGCAUAAUAAAUUUGUUACAGUUCAUCUAAUAUUAAAAUCGUAUCUAUUGCUUUGAUAAUAAACGAGGUAAUAAAUAUUUAAAUUAUAACGAAGUGUAUGUUUAAAUAUCCAAUUGCAAUGCAAAAUAUUUACAAUCAAACUAUUGAAAUCGUAGGUAGGAAAAAAAAAGAAUGAAAGAAUUACAAAAACUUUCAAACAUUAAUGAAUAUAUUAAUGUCAAGUUGUAGAAAGUCUGUUUCAUGCUUCAAAUGAUAUGGAACUUGAAGGUUUUUGGACUAGGUACAUCGACUGUUUGAAAAAAUAAUUUUUAAAUGAGUGGUUCAAUUGUCUUCUUCAAAUUCGUUGUAAACGAUCGAAAACCAGUAAGAAUGAUCUUAUUACCAUACCUAGCCUAACCUGGUCCACUUUUAGGAUAUUUAAUAAGUACUUUGUUAAAAUUAUCUUCGUAUAUAAUAUAAUAUUAUAACCGAGAUCACAACUAUUUAAAACGGAUAACUGUGAGGACCUGUGCCGGUACGUUUACCUGUGCGAGUAGAAACACCUAACAGGACAGGUUAGGUUUAAAAUUAUACAGUACCAUUAUGAAAAGUUGUUCGACUUUCCUGAACCUAUUCGUUUUUUAGGGGAAAUUAUGGUAAAACCCACGCUGUAUAUUAACAAAUGUGUAAAAUAUUUAAAUUCACUAUUAAUAUUUAUUUAAAAGAUAAAAAACUGAUAAGUACCCAUAGUUCAAGAUUGUGAAAGGUAUUAACAGAUUAUUUAUUUCAAUUGUUCAUCAUUUUAUUACAUGCUUUUUUCAUUAGGUAAUAAAUUAAUGAGUUGUAUUGUGUAUUUUUACUUUUUUUAACUUAAACAUUAUAUUUUUGCCUGGCGUUUUAUAAAUAAUUAAUUUAAUGAUUUGUUGCAGAACUGAACUCGUAAUCAGUUUUUAAUUACCUAUACACUGUUGUUGAAUUUUGCCAAAACUUGGAUUUUGAAUAGCAAGAUCAACUUGUUUUUCAGAAUGUAAGUCUUUACAGUUAAAAUAGCAUGACAAUUUUUUUUUUUAUUUACAAUAAUUAUUUGUAAUGUUCCCUACGUGGGGUUACCUUUGACCCGUAAUAAUAUAGCUAUAUUAUGUAUACGUAUAUAUUAUGACAUUAGAAUCCGUUUGUCACACAGCAUUAGUUAAACAAAAUGAAAUAACAUCUCUUUGUAAGACUAAAUUUACGAUUCCCCUGUAACAUUUGAAUACGUUUAAAAAUACAGAUAUUACUAUCAUAGACUUACACGUCAUAUUAUAAUAUUUACCUACCCGGGACCCGGGACAUUGAGCCCGAGGACUGCUGGGAGGCGUGGUCGUGCCAAACGGAUCGAGUGAGAUAAACUGAAGCGUGAGAGAGAACAGCAGCCAAUUAAAACGCUCGCAUCUAGUUUACUCUUCCGUCCGGUCCUCGGGCUACUGGCAAACGUUAUCAUAUACCGAAUUGCCCGGCUAGUAUUGUAUGCAGUCUACGAUUAUUAGUAGAUUUUAUGUUACCAACUGUAUAAAUUUACCACUGUGUUAAUAUUAUUAACUGCACAAUCGUAAUUAUUGGUAAAUUAUCGUUACUAUUUCGAGUUGUGCUUAUUAUUACAAGAGAAACGUAAAGGGUAUAUUUUGGUAUGUUAGUGUACCCAACUAGUGUUUACCGGUUCCUGCUUGUGCACCCUCCGAGAUAAUCAUAAUUGUAAUUGAUAUUGAUACAUUAGACAAACAUAAUUUAUUAACAAUCCUCUCUGGUAUAGAUACCAGAAGGAUCUACGUCAAAAUCUUGAAUGGCAUCACCUUGAACGGCAAAAUCUUUAAUAAAUAAUUCAGGCAAAAUCAUGAUUAAAUAAUUUCGGCAAACAUUUGAACGACAAAACCUUGAAAAAAAAAAUUCCGGUAAAAUGUUAAACAGCAAAAUCUUGAACGGUAAACUCUUGAAUCGGCAAUACCUAUUAGAUUAUUUUAUAAAGGAUAAAAAUUAGUCGGUUCAAGAUUUUGCCAUUCAAGGUUUUGUCAUUCAAGGUUUUGCCGGAAUUUUUUUCAAGAAUUUGAUGGUUCAAAGUUUUCCGUUCAAGACUUUGAUUACCCCCUCCCCCCCGUAUAGAUAACAUGUAUUUAAAUCGCGUACGAUAAGUUUUAGUUGUUUCGUUUUCCUAUACUUGCUACUAUUUAUUUUAACAGUACUUUUAUGCACUUAUAUUCGCUAAAUUUAAUUGUAGUUAAAAUAUUUAUAACAAUGCGUUUUAAAAUAAACAAUGGCUUAUGUAUAAAUCUACUCGAACAUUUGUGUGUGUUUUAUAAUGUUAUUUAAAGAACCAUUCUGUCAUAAUCGUUAGGUAAAAAUACUAAUAAUACUUUACUAUAUGUAAGUAUUAUUUACUCAAGGCUGGGAAAGUAAAUAAUGCACAUUUAAACUACUUAAUGUUAAGUUAUUGUAAAUACGAAACAAAAUUAUAUAAUAACAAACAUAGUUGAAUUAUUAAAAGAGCAUUUUAUUUUGUUCCGUUCAGAUACCUAAGUUAUGAAUUCAUUAACGUGCAUUUUUUAAGUAAUAAUCAGUAUAUUAUGUAUAGGGAGCCCGUAAUAAAAGAGUGGCCACCGUUGUCGUCAUUUCUGAUUGAGCCCCGUUAUCUGUGAUAACGUUUCGUUCAAACAAUAUUAUCAAUUAAUAUAUCAAUGUUUUUCUAAAAGUUUUCAAACUAUAUACGUUAUGGUAUUCAUGAAAUUAACUAUUGCCUUUGUUUUCUUCAAACUAUCACGACUCGUGACCUCUUAAUUGCAUUCCUUUUUUAUUAUUUGAAUACGUUUUCAGAACUUCCGCAAGUUGUCUAUGUGUACAUAUUAGCUAUUAGUUAAGAAGACUUGACGUCCGAAUUUACUGUUUCGGUCCAACUAAUCGGUAACAAAGCAAAAACAUAUAUACGCAGACCGAGUAGAUUGCAGCUUGCAGGUAAUCUUUAAUGUAUAAACAUUAAUCACGUUUACCGAAUGGCCAUUAUUUUGUUGAUCGAAUUGUGUUUGUGACCUAACUAUUCGACAUUUAAUUAUGCAUUAAAAAUUGAUUAUUAUCGCCGGGUACGAAUUAAAUAUUUGCAAACCGACAAUUUAUAAUGUUUAGGUAGGUCAAUAUCUAAAUUACCCUGCAAGUCGUCUAUCUCAAUAGCUCGCAGUUUCAAAACUAUAGCCUGGCUCCGUGCAACGUUGUUGUUACUGAUGAUUAGAAUUUGGACCAACCUGAUAACGAUGUUUGAUCGACAAUUUACACAAUAUAGCGCGGUCCGUAUGUAUUGAUAAGAGGUCACUCUCUAUAAUACAUAAGAAUUUUCGUUAUUAAGUAUUGAAUUGUAUUUCUUUUAUUUUCCCUAAUUGUUAUUCAAUCGUUCACGUUAUUUGUUACCUUUUUUAUAGGCAGGUUUAACUACUAGUGCUCAACAUGAAGCUUGACUUUACAUCGUUCAGUCUAUCCGCUGCAAUAUUAUUUAUUAUAUUACACGGUUUCGAAAAAAACGUAAAAAUCGUUCGGGUUAGCGCAAGUGUUCUGUAAUAUUUAUGUAACACAGUGUACAGUAUACACAUAGUGGUUGUAAUUUUUUUUUUAUGAUUUAAUUUUAUAAUAUUAUUGACAAAUACGAAACAAACUUCGAAAUAAACUAACACAAAUAAAUUAUUAAAUCCGUUCGUAUUUAUAUACCAGCUAAUUAGUCGAAUCGAAUGUUGACAAAAUGUUUUUAUUUAUUUUGGCCGGUAUUGCCUCUGUAGGUAUAAAACACGUUUAUUAUAUAAAUUGUAUACGAUUUUCGCGAAGAAAAACAAAAAUCAAGAUGAUGCGAUAACAAUUUGUUUUUUAUUUUGUAUUAAUAGCCCGCCGCAAUCGCUGUAGUAAGACGAUUAUUAUACAGAUUCUCGUGCAAAUAACACGAUUCUGUAUGGAGUUAAAAGUUUUACAAAGGUAAAUGUUUCCUUUAUGUUGUAUUGUUUACCGCGGCGGAUUUUCUCGAUAUUCGGUACAUUGAACCCGAGAAAUUCGAUAAAUAACUUUAACAAGCGCCUGCUAUACGUGUUUUCGCACCUUUUCCGCCAGACGCAUUUUAUACGACGUGUCGACAACAACGAAAACUUUUUUAUUGUCCCGUAAAUUAACCGGGAAACCACUAACUUCCCCCCUUUUUUUCCGUAAAAUUAAUAGUUCGCCCGCGCCGCUAAAUGAAUCGGUAAUAAUUAUUACAAUAUUAAAUAUGCAUCUAUACUUAUAUCAUAUUGAUUGUUAUAUGUCAAUAAUAAAGUUGAAGAAUCGCUUGUUUUAUUUCGACGGGGCCCGGGAGAUGGGGACUUUUAGUUUUCCACUUUACAUAGGUACACGGUAUUUGUUGGUUUUUUCAGGUUACAACGGCAAACGCGUUUACGUACGAUUCGCGCGUGCGGGUAACCCGGAGACCAAAUAUUGAACACGUGUUUAUAAACUAGGGUAAAUUUGACGAUUUUACCAAGAAUCGCGCAAAAACUUAAAGCCAAGAAAUGUAACGUAAGUAUUAACUCGUAUAGGCACCUAAGCGCUUAUUACGUUUUAAUUCCGAAUGUCGUUUAUUUAAACCGUGUUUACCGGCGAUUAUCCCGUUUAAAUUUCAAACUUUAAUAAAAAAUAUACCUAGGUUGUGGUAAUCAACAACCGUCCUCGGACCACGGUUUUCCACUCAGUCGAAUGUAUUUGUUCGUUUAAUUUUUUUGAAAAUGUAUCUCAUCGGAACUAUAAUAUUGGCGUGGCUAUGCGAUGGCUAAUACCUUCCCGUCGAUACUUUUCAAAACUAUUUUUUCAGACGCACUAUGCUGCAGUAAGUUAAUGGUUUUGGCCGGGGGGUGCAAAGAGUUUGUGAGGCCAGUCCUUCUGCUCCCCUCGCCGACAUGUCAAUUAUUGUUUAAAACAGUUUGCAGUAAAUUCAAAUAAUAAAAAAUAAAAGGACUCGACAUAUUUCGUACCACGGGUGGCCCACUGUUGUGUAGGCGAAACUAUUGCGGAACUCUACAGUAUUGAUUUUUUCAACAAAAUUAGCGUUUUAUUAAAAUAUUAAAAUAAUAAAAACUUAAUAAUAACGAGAAAUAAAUAAAAACGGUUGCCAAUGGUAAUCUUAUUUUCAAUCUUUUUUUUUUAACUCAAAGAACCGGUUUUUCCUCAUCUCGAAUAUUAAUGUAAAUAUUUUGAAUAAUGACUUUUCUGAAGUACCGACUACAGCAAAAAUGCAAUAAAAAAAAAGGUCUCUUGUCAUGUGCUUUGAUCGAAGCAAGAUGUCUAGGAGAAAUUUUGUACACGGCAUAAAAAUUAAGAAUAAAAUAAAUAUCGUUAAAAAAAUUGAACUUUUACGCCCGCCGGCCAGAGUGUCGACUAACACCUAGGCGCUUUAUGGAUACAAACUGUAUGUAAGCAUCCUGCCCCCCCCCCUCUAAAAAUGGCGCCCCUGAUUUACGCUAUUUUCACACGAUAUCGUCGUUAUUGGGUUUUCGUCACCAACACGGUAGAUUGUAUACCGUGUAUAGUUUCUAUAGGUCCGCGCGAAUUACAAAAAUUAAACUGUAGCCAAACGAAUCGCGCCAGCGAGUAUAAUAGGUUUCGUUAAUAGAACAUGAACGGUUUUCCGCACUAUUUACCAGUAACGAAACGUCGACGGCCAAUCGUGUAACAUAGAAAUCUUAUCAAUAAUGUAUAUGUUAUCAUGACCGGGUAUCGAAUCGUACACCGAUGUUCGCGUGAAAAGAGUUCCAGUCGAACCGUUCGUAGAAACGCUGUAGCGCGACAAUAUUAAGCCGUGGAUUUUCCUGAUUUACCUCCGCUGUCCGCGAGUCCCCGUUCUGUGAUUUCCAGUGCCGUAGCCGGGAAAAAAUUUGGGGUGGGGACCAAUCGUUUUUAUUAUAUUACCUAACCCGAAUAAAAUGAGCUGUACAAAACAGAUUUCGAGGGCGGGGCGUGCCUCCGUGCCCCUUCCCCCCUCCCUCUCUACCACGACACUGCGGCCCGAAUCGAAAUCGUUACCAAUAUAUCGUUGCGUUCAAUCGACAAAACGAUUGUGUAUACACGCCGCACUCAACAGUUUGAUGAUAAUAUUUUAUCGUCGGAUCUCGUUCCGAAAUCGGCAACGUCGCCAACUAACCCUAAUGCUACCCCGGCGUUCAAUAAAUUAUCGUACCGAAUUUUCGGAACGAUAUUUUUUCUUAUCAGUUCUCGUUCGCGUGAUUUAAAUUCGUGCCGGAAACGAGGCCUACGGUAUAAUACAGGAAAACCGUUGGCGGGCGACGCAUAAAACGCGAGAAAUUAAUUGCAGGUACACACUAUGCGGUGACCGUAAUAUUCGGGAAAAUAUUGUAAUUCGCGGGUUUCUAAAAUAUUUUUUUUCCUUCGUAGACACGAUUUCAUGUCGCACUUCUCCCCCUCCCACCUCGGUUACCGACCCGACGCGUUUCGUAUACGGGUCCGACACGAGAGUGUUUGUUCGCACUGCACGAGUCGGCGAGCGGGGCCGUAACCGUUGAGGCGCACCCAGACUCACGCCGAGAUGCCCCGAGAACACCCGAGAAACGUGAAUGCGAAUAGUUUCUUUCCGUCUCGUUCUCUCUCUCUCGCCCGUUCUUGACGUUCAUCGUCGGUAUUUUUUGCCCGAGACAAAGGGUUAUUACAAAGGACUUACUGCAUUCACGUUUUGUCUCGGACCUGCUGCAGUUUGAAUGUCGUCCAUGCCGGAUAGGAACGUAGAACACGGGUGAAGUGAAGCAGUGAAGCCGAGAAUAUAUCGAGUGUGGAUAUUAUAUUGUUUGUUCUCGCGAGAAGUCUGGAGGGGCUUUGUAACCGGGAACCUCCCGCGCGAAUACCAUUCCCGAAUACCGUUUUUUCCGGGCCCGACUCCCCUGCCCCUCUCAUUCGCGUGCGAAAUCGUUUGUUCCCGCGCAACGCGUUCUAAGUAUUAUUAUUAUUUCGCGUAUACUGCAGUGCGGGAAGACGCGUCGCGUUGGCGUCCGGAAUUUCGGAAGGCGAGGUUAUUAGAACAAUAAUAAUAAUAAUAAUGACGACGACGAUAGGUACUCGUCGGAACAUUAUCGUUUGAACGGUUAGAGAAUCCCGCCGCCGCCGCCGCGAACUCGCGUUUCCGAGGAGCCGCGCGGUUAGUCUCGUCGCCGAGAGAGAUGAUAUUCGAGUUUUCAGAAUCGUGUUAUCGUCGUCGUCGUCGUCGCCGGUUAGUGAAUCGAUAUUGUGUAACGUCAACGGACUCGUUGGGAUGGGCAUAACGUCAUUAUGUUCGUAAAUAUUUCGUGGCGGCGGCGGUACGGGCCACCAUACAAUCGCCGCCGCAGCCGACACGGUGUCUGCGCGUGCGAGAAUAUUACGCUGCGGCAUUGUAUACGGGCGUAACGCACACUAAUUAUCGUUUUUACACGUCACACAGCCGAUAUUUUAUACCUGCCUAACACCGGUGCGCGGUGCACAAACGCCGAACACGCCUGCCUACGGCGAAAUAUCCGCGCGAAUCCGUACGCGUGAAAAUUGUUUCGAAAAAAACCGAACGACGACGACGACGACUAACAGAACAAAAAAAAAAAAAAAAAAAAAUUAAACCGUAUUAGACCUUCGAGUAGGCGGCGGCGCGCGCGAUAUCGCCGCCUACAUAAUAUUAUUGAAAGGUUUUUUUUUUUUUUCUAUUCUCCGAACGUUGAAAUAAUAUUUAUUUUUUUUUUUACUAUAACAAUUUUUCGCCCGCGUGUUAAAUUCGUUGUUUUUUUUCCGCUUUUUUCUACGCCGUACUCGACUGCGGAGAGAUAACGGCGCGCGCGCAGACGUUUUCUGUUUCACCCCUCCCCCUCCCAAUCGUGCAUAAUGCGCAAUAUUCAUCAUCUGAAAAUCAUUACAAAUACAUAUAUUAUAAUUAUUAUCUCUUUUCUCGCGUCCAAUCUCCCGUUCUCGUUUUACGUUCGCAACACCCGUGUUAUACCGGUAAUCCGACGAUCACGACGUGUUAUGUUUUCGAGAUUAUUAUUGUUUCGUUGGCUAUCUGCAAAACUUCUCGGAUAUUAAUCGUUGUAGGCGCGGGCAGGCCGGUACGUGGUAAUAAUAAUGACCGCGUGGUCGGCCGUCGUUUUUUUUUUUUUUUACAAGUCCCCGCGAAAAAUUCAAUGACCCGGGGGGCACAAUCGAACUGUUCUGAACGGCUGUUGCGACGGCCACGCAAAUGAACGAACGCUCGUCGCAAACUAUCGGAAACACCGUCGCCGGCAGUAUAAAACCAUCCGGAGGUGGGCGCCCCGUCACCGACAGAAAUAACGGUUCGCGAAACGUCUCGGAUAUUCUUAUUAUUAUUAUUACUGCGGGUUCGCCGUAAUAAUAAUAAUAAUAAUAACCGCGUUGUCGGUCGUCGUUUUCGCCGUUUGUUUCGCAACGGAUAUCGUGUGACGGACACAAUCGAACUGUCGAACUAUUCCAAUAGCAUUUCGCAAACUACUAUCCCCGGGGCUACGGGGAAAACUGUUCCCCGGGUGCCCUCGUUGGCCCCGACGGGGUGGGGUGGCAUCUCGUCGUUGAGCCGCCGCAGUACGCGAUCUACCCGGACGCGCGUAAUGUUAUCGCACAACUACCGCGCGUCUAUUAAAGUUACUACGCAUGUAUUAUAGUUUUCCUUCGAACCGGUUUCGAUUGAAAACGCCGUUUUCGCGAGUCCGCGUUGUGGAAACCACGGCGCCGGAUAUCGGUGUCGUCGCAGUACACCGUCCGUCCCGUUCGGACGGACGAAUCGAGUACGAUUACAAGAAAUAAUAAUAAUAUUAUGUUUUUCGAUUUCGCGGGGUUACCGGUCGAUCGCCCGUUUCGGUGUAGAUCGCGUUGUGUACUGCGCACACACACGUACGCACAAAUACACCGACCGAAAUAACGUACCUUACAACACGAAUAUCGUUUUACCGUUUGCGACACGAUUUUCGUCGACCGUAGAAAACGUGUAUUUUAAAAUCGCGCGUGGCGCGCGUGUGUACGACGGGAAUUCUAGCGUUUCAGCGAAACACGACGCCACCACCGCCGCCGCCGCCGACACCACCACCACCGCCGCCGCCGCCACCACCACCACCGCCGCCGCUACCACCGCCGCCGCCAUCACCGCCGCCGCUACCGAUAGUGUACCGUGCACAGGACGAGGCACGGUCCUGUAUGGUGUCCCGGAUUUUUCAAGUGGCGGGGUGGGGACUAUGUACAUUUAUAUAUAUAUAUACACACACACACACACACACACACACACACAUAUAUAUAUAUAUUAUAUAUAUAUAUAUAAUAUGUAUUAUAAUGCAGUCGGGAGCUCCAUUGCCGCCGCCCCGUCGCCCCCGCCCUCGCCAAAAUGAGCUCGAACGAAAAAUACAGAGCGAAAAAUCAAUAUACACUUCCUCGAUUUUAACGCCGCUCCACGAUGCUAUGCGUUUACAUUGUUACAUUCCGCUUUCGGGAAAAUUCGACUGCGCAGCUGCUAUAGUCGUCGUUGGAUGUUGCCGAAAUAUUUUGAUCCUGUGAUGUUAUCGAUUAUAAUAUACUUGGAGCGGGCGGCACCCGAUUGCCGGGAACGAAUUUUGACCGUUGCGAGGAAUUCCGACCGGACAAACCGAACGGGGCGCCGCCGCGGCUGGAUCCGAUGGACGUUAUUUUCACUCGGUUGUCAACGGUACGAGGUCCAACCUUGAGAAUUUUAACAACGUUUUUUAUCUUAUCGAUUGGAUAUGGCCGGGGUGGAGGAGCGGUGGGGGAUAAAUCAUUAUGUACUGUAUAUGCACGCGAGCACGCGCAUUUUACUUCAUUGUGUCACAAUGAAAAAUUAAAAUAUCAACGGCGUAAAAACCUAGGGGGGAAAAAAAAAAACAACACAAUAUCGCGUGUUAAUAUAAUAUGGUUUAUUGACCGCGCGUUCAUAAUGACGAUGAUGGUGUCGAACGUUUUUAGAACUGUUUAUACAGAGCGACGCCGCCGACAGACUCUGUCCUUUCAGGCGACUUUAGGGGGCCCCAUAUUAUAUACUAUGUUAUAAUCUGCUUAGGUUCCAACGCAGAAAGGGGCUCCAGUAGUCAAUCAUCGUCAUAUUUUUCGUCUAAUGCAAUUUUGCCUCCUUUUUUUUUUUCUUUUUUUUUUCUUUUAUUCGUCCGUCCGUCCGACUUGCAUUACUGUAUCCGUGUGUUUUCAAAAUGCGCGUGUAUUGAUUCGAGUGCAUACAAGGCGACGUGCUAACGUUGUCUACUCGAAACGGGCUGCGGACGCAAAUGGCAUCCAUUCCGGUGGGCCGGACACGCGGAUAACGAUGUCCGUUUAAAGUACAUGGAUAUAUCUUAUCGUACGGUUCUGGCGGUGUCGAUCGAUAAUGUCGGACACCGUAGACCGAAUGGUUUUUUCGCCCGUUCUCUCCGCCCUCCGUCGUUUUAUCUAAACCCCUCCACCCCCGGUUUUUUUCUCUCCUAUUGGUUAGGUUUUAGACGUACACUCGGGACAGUAUAAUUAUACAAAACUUCCUCGGAGCACCGUCCGGCUCGAACCGGCAGUGUAAAAAAACGCUUAUUAAAAUUGUACCACUGCUUAUAAAUAUCAUCAUUGUUGUCGAUAUGAUAAACUUGUCAAUCAAAGAGCCCCCGUCGGACGAUCCCGUUCGUGUCUGUAGCCGUUUUCGUGUAGGAAACGUUCACAUACGCUGCCCGGCGAUUUCUCUGUUCGGUGUGCAGCCCGAACGGCUCCCGUAUUCGACGACCACAAAUUCCGCUGCAGUGGCAACACUGUGUUAGUAAAAACCGUACGAUGAUGUUAUAACAUUCAAAACUGUUAAUUAAAAUUUAAUUAAUUAAAUCUACCUGUUUAGGGCCGUAAAUCUAUUGAUUUUUUUAUUAUGUUUAAAAAAUAAUAAUAAAUAAUUGGAUGACAAUUUUUACUCGCAAGUUUUUGUCAUUUUAACUUAAUGAUAAAUAACGAUUAAUUACAAAAAAAUAUAAUACCUAAUUGUAAAACAUAUAAAUCAUAUUCUUAUUGUCUAUAUUGAUAAUGAUAAAAGUAUUUUUGUUUAUUGGACUUGAAAUUAUCGAUAUAUAUACUUCUUUAUAAAUUCAAAAAACACCAAAAUACUUUUAACCUAACUUCUCAUUAGGAAGUCCGUAGUCUACUCGAAGUUAGGUUGUGUCGAUUAAUAUUACGGCAUUCGUCUAGGAAAAACAGGAGCCUAAUGAGCUAUAGCCAGGAGCGGACUGGCCCGAUAGGAUUCCCGAAUGAAUCGCGGUGACCCGGGUUAAAAUGUACCUACAGGGUCCAACUGAUAAUUAGUACUUAAAGGAUAAUCCGAUUAUAAAAAUAACAUAGCUUUAUGUAUAUAUUUUCGGGCAUUUUUAAGAAGCCGGUAAUAUGUCUAUAUUCACUAUUAAAAUCAACGAAAAAAUGUAACUCAAAAACGACAGACUACUAUUUUGAAUAUUAUAUAAUAUAGCGUUUAGAAAGUUUCAGGUAUUUUACUAUUAUAUACCUAUAUUUAUUAUUAUUAUUAUUAUUAUUUUUUUUUUUUUGGUUAAAUUCUCCUAACUAUAACCAAACAAAAUUUCCCGCCCUGAAAUAUCCCUGGUGCUCUCUUACAGGCUAUAGUCUCUCUAUAGCAACUGAGCUAUCUGACUUCCGACACUGUUGCCGGUGUACUUGAAUGGAGUAUAACGUUGUGAAUUUAGAAGGUUGGUGAAAGGUGUGUGGUAGAAGGGACAAUGCGGAGCGUUUGGGAGCAGUGUCAAUAAGAGAGUGUGGCCGACCGCAUAAUGCAUGCCGAUUGGUCGAUCCGUCGUUAUCUGCGUAUACCCUUGGACCGCCAUUUUAUAUACAUAUUAUUGUUUAAAGAACCUAUUGUGCAUAAUUGUAUAGAAAUUGACCAAUAGGGGAACUGUUUUCUCAUAUUGGUUAAUGGUUAGGUCGAGCGAAAAGCUGAUAAGAGCAUUUUUCAACUCUCUUAUUUUACAUCGUAGUAAUAUGCGGUCGACACAACAAGUGAAUAAGAUAACACAUUCGAAUUGAAUAACAGGAUAUAAAGGCGAAAUUAUUUAAAAAUCAUAGGGGGGGUCUAAGUUUUUUUCAAUGCUUAUGUAAUUACAAAGUAGAAAAUAUGUCAAAACAAGUUGGAAAAAUCAUUUUUUUUCUUUUUAGCUCUUUCAAAUUCUCGUAACUAUAAUAUUGCCGUCAGGUUCCAAAAAUCCUUCUUUUAUUUUUCUGUACCAGUAUUAUAUAGGUAAACCGAUGCCGGCUUUUAUUUUUAAUGCGAAUAAAACAAAGCUAGUGUAAUUUGUAUUUUGUAUACCAAUAUUAAUUUUGUUAUCUGCUCGAAAUCCGUAGACGCGAAGCCCACAAACACGCCGUUCGCGAUUAAUAUAAGAAAAAUAAAUCGUUAUCACUCGUUAGUGCAGUCUGCAGUUGUAGUGAACUAUCGCGGUGUUACACCGUAUCGAAAUGACGCGUCCUGUGUAAUAUUCGAUAAAAGAAACGAACGGUUGUGAUCGCGGACAAAAACAAAAAAAUCCGAUAAACAAUCGCUCUAUAUAACCCUAUACACAAUAAUUAUCGGUUCCGAAAGAACCGGAACCGGCCCGUCCGGUUAUCGCUGAACGAUAAUGUACACCGAUUAUACAGUAUGCUUCCGUAGGCCGCACUGUCGGCGUGCAUAUACAAAAUGGCGGUCCGUUCAAUUAGCGGCCGGGUUCGCCGCUCGUUCUUAUGUCAUACUACACCUAGUGAUAUUGUAUCCGGUCUCUCGGUGAUUAUUGUGCUGCGUCCGAAUCGCGUUCAUAACAGAGGGAAAAAAAUAAUAAAAUACAUCGCGUCCGCGAUAUUAUAAUAUUGUAUUCGCGCGACACGUCCCGAGUGGCAUCCGACUCGGUUUGUCGGCCCGAUAUGUCCGAGUCGCGUCCGCAAUAAUUCGUGAUAACCGUAAUACCGGCAUCCGGUCUUAUCUAUUUAAACGUUCGUCUGUGUACAAUAAUAAUAGACGACGACGACGACGGCCGUCGUAUCGAAUAAUUAUAUACGACACUGGAAUGCUAUAUAAUAUUACUCGUAUGAAAAUAAAUCGCGUUGAUAGGCUUAAUAUAAUACUGUUUUCAUUAUAGGUACGUGCAGUUUUAUUAUGGAGAAUGACGGUAGUUGUUGGGUCCGUGAAAGUGGACGGGGGCAGUCAGUGGCGCCGAAACCAGCAGUCAAGGGUGGCGAUUGCCGCCCUUCUUUUAACGGGUGGGCGGUGGUGGAUCUUUGAUCCUGGUAACUGAGCCAUAUUUUUUAUCGAAUUAAGAAUGUUGCGUGGGAGUUUGUUUUGUAAACGGUCGUGGGGAUCUAUACGCCUUUUUUACCAGUCCACCUUCUUAAAACACGAUUCGGCGCCACUGGACGGGGAAAUAUUAUAAUAUUAUUAUCGGCGGGGGGGCUCGGGGCCUCGCGCUUUUUACUCGGUUUUGGGAUCUCGCGUGCGUUUAAAAAUAAAACAAUACGAAUUAUAUUAUAUUUAUCAAAAUACUUUUAAAUUUUGCUCUGGGUCUCGCAAAUCCUGAGGGCGGGUCUGAUUGCCGGGGUCACAACCCCGGAUCCACUGUCGAAAACCGGCGGUCGUGUAUAACUUUCGAAAUAUCGUUUUUCGGACGAACCGAGUACGUUCAUAGUUUUAAUACUUAUCGUAUAAUGCUGCGGCUUGUAAUUUAGAGAUUAAAAAAAUAAUAAUAAUAGCAAUUAAAAAUACGCCGCCUAUUUACCCGAUUUGUCGUUUCUUUAUCGAACAUUAUGCCCGCGCGAAUUAUAAUGUAAUUCGUUUUACGAAAUGAAACCUAAUUCUUGACUGGCAGUAAUCAUUAUUGUUAUUAUUGUUUUUUUUUUUUUUACCGUUUACGUUGUAAAACAUUUUAAUGUAAUCUCGUCGCUUAACAUUUCCGUAAUGUUAUAAAAGCCAGUUAUCGUCGAGUUCUAAAUGAUUCCGUCGUCGGUCGGAUAAAAUAAAUCAGUGGUUCUUAUAUAUAACAGGGGUGGCACGAGGGAAAUUUCGGUCGGAAGGGCAAAGACGGAGGUAGGUUCGAAUAGUUUUUAUUUCAAUAAUUAAGGAACCCUGACUCCCACUUCACCGUACAUACGUAUUAAUAAAGUUUUCUCCUCCCCCCGACUAUUAUUCGUUGCAGGACAGUCAGUUUUAUCUUGAUAAAGACCGAACCCAGUGUUGAGAACCACUGGAAUAAAUCGAUUUUCCAAAAUAAAUAUUUCUUUUCUUUUUUUACCGUUUAACUUUUACGACGGCGGGUAGAUAUAAUGUGUGUAUUUUUUUUAUUUGUUUGUAUACAAUAUUAUCGUAAUAAUAUUACGCAAUAUUAUACGGUUCGUUAAAAAAAAUAUAUAUAUAAAUGUAUUAGGAUCGUAAAAUAUUUGUCCACCUUCCCGGAAACUAUUUAUUUUUAUUUCAUUUUGUUUUCUUUUUUAUUUAUUUAUAAACGACGCGACGUCCUUGUAAUAAAUUCGGUUAAACUUUGUUUUGUCCCGGUUAUACACGAUAGUCGAUCGUAUUUUCAACAGUUUAAAAACUAUUCGGUCGCGGAUAAUAAAUAUCCGACCGAAACGUUCUGUAGUAUGUCCAAACUGUCGAAAACUUGAUGGUACAAACUAUUCGGAAGUGCCCGUCGCUAAAUUAAUAAUAUUUCUUCCUAUUUAGGUAAUCGCCCGCUAUAGGACCGACCCGUCAUCCAACCUCGCCUCCAGUUUUCCCUAUCCGCGUUUUCCAGUCUGAUCGCUUAAGGCUUCCGCGUCUUUCAAUAAUUACUACGUCCUAUAUACAUCCCUCCCGUUUUACUAUAUCUUUUUCCUUCGAGCACUUUUAAUUAGAGGCAUAGCUAGACAUAUUUUUCUUGAUAGUUCCGGAUAAAAUAAUAUAAAUGUUUGUAUAGGAAAAACUAUACCAAUACAAAUUUGCGUUAAUUUUCGGAGAAAAGUGUGGAGGCAUACCGGGCCUACACCCGCUGACUACGCCACUGCUAUUACUCCUAUCGGUGUGGCCGUUACAUUCGGAUUUUCGGAUGAGUGUUUGUUUUCAAUCUUUUUCCCUUGUUUUUUUCCACUCGCCGCGGCAUCUUUCACCGUUCCGAAAAUCGUCCGUAUAAUAUUUUCCUUUACCGAAACUAAAAGUUUUCUUUCUUUUUAAAGGGUUUUAAUAAUAUCCGUAUUAGUAGUUUAUACUCUUUUCCCCCUCUCAAUUUAAACGAAACGUCUCGGCCAGAUUAAUUUUUAUAUUACGAAACUAUCUCCCGUAAUUUUUCAUUAUAAAUUUCGUCUUUAUACAUAUUUCAUUUAUAAACUAAUUUUAAUUUUUCUCGAUCGUUUUUUGCGGUCUUGUAUUAAAGUAUAAUAAUUUACCUACGAGCUUUAAUAAUUAUUCGGUUUUAUAUACUCUUUAAAAUCCGCCGCCGCUUAUAUAUUAUAAUAUAAUAAUUAGUAUAAAAUGCGGACAAUUACCGUUUUUGAAAAACUUUUUACAAUUAAACGUUUGAAGACGAUGAAAAAAAAAAAGUAUAAUAACAUUAAAGUUUCCAACGAAAAUUAAUAUAGAAAGAAAAAAAUACGGAAAUGAAAAAAAAAAAUGUUCAAUCGUUUUUUUUUUUUUUUUUUUUAUUACGAGUAUUUCCCCGUAAAACUUCUGUUUAUCCGACAGUUUGAAAAUUCGCAAAAAUAUCGCCGUCGUGGUUUUUCUUCGGGGGAGUUGGGGGGUUACGGGUGUUUGUUAAUUGUACGCCGCCGCCUGUCGAAGGAUGAAGUAAAACAAAACGGCCGUUUUUUUUCUGUCCGUUGUUGUUCGACAUGAAUUUAUAUCACAAUAUCGUCGACGUACGAACGAUAUCGUAAAAAUAAGUUCAACGACCAUUACAAUAAUCCCUCCCGCCCGAACCGCCGCCGUUCAGUUCUUUGUAACGCACGACCUCUCUGUUCACGUGCAGCAACCCUGCAGUGCACGUUCCACUACUACGCUACCCCUGACCAGGUCGCCUGUUGUUGGCCGGAAUCAUAAAUCAAUACACCCCUACCGCGCGCCGCCGCCGCAGACCGCCCCCUCACCCUCACCCACCGCACACACACCGCCGCCCUCGGUUUUGCUAAUCUCCCUCUUUCUUAUUCCCUACGCCGCCGGACCCGCCGCGUGCCGUCACACGCGCGCACGCUCGUCGCGUGUCUGUGCAAUAGGUUUGCGCAUAAAACCCGUAUAAUACGUUAAAACCCGUCGCCGUCUGACUACGGUGACCGGGCGGCAAACUUUUCCGGACGAAACAAAAUCUAAAGAAAUUCGUCCGUGAUUUAACCGUUGCCGAACAAACUCCGAGCGGUGGCGGCGGGAGGGUGGGAGAACGAAAAAUAAUAACACCGGAUACCAGUUAAUAAUAAUAAUAUUUACCUUAGAUGUUCCGCAAAUAAUAUUACAACCCGAAAAAUAUGACGUUCUCGUCAACAAUUAAAACACUGUUUAUUAUCCCCGUAUACGUAAUAUUUUGUUACUCCGAUAAUAUCAUUACGAUUUUAUAACAAUAACUUGUUAUUAUGAAUUAAUAUAUUCGAAAUUUUUAUUUUAAAUUGUCCGGGUUUCUCGUAUCCGUUACAUUCGAUACGAAUAGCCUAGCCCGUAAUUUAUCGAUACGCGGCAUAUUAAUAAAUAUCGACGCGCAAACAAAGACGGUGUAUCAGCCUAUUUUCAAAUUGAAAUUCUGUUUACCGAAAAAACCGAUCGUCGAUAAUCGGCCAAUGACGGUCGGUUAUCAUAUUUUCAUUACAAACUCUGAUUAAAAUUCCACGUUUUCACGUUUGGCUAGAAUAUGGCGCUGAAUCACUUGCGUACUCCGGUAGUCCGGUUAUUAUUCCAAUUACAAACAAAUUACCAGUUACCCGAAUAUUGAGACUCGGACUAUUGCUGAUUUUGGACUAUAAUGAAUUUCGGCUAUUUGUCCGCGUAAGUACUCCAAAUACAAACAUAUUAUUUCGUACACAAGUUGGUUAUUGUUUUUAUUUUUGCAAGGUAAACUUCUGUCCUAACUCAUCACUAUUUACAUUAAUAUUGGAUUUUUGUGAGAUUUAUGACGUCCACGAUGUAUUUAAUAAUAAUGAUUGAUUAGGUACAGAAAAUACUUAAAUAAAUAAUGAAUCAUAGAAAUAUCAAAAUAAUGUAUUGCCACAAGGCGGUGUGUUAGGGGGGUGCGAGCGGGCGCUUUGAUCACCGCAGGCACGUUAAUGAAAAUUUGUCAAGCUCUGUAAUUGAAUAUUUUUACAUUAAACGUAUGAGUGAACGCCCAAAGCGUUUUUAAUUUGUUUUUUAUGCUCAUCAAUAAUUUUUUCUGGCACCAAGUGACAAUUUAGCUAGGCAUGACACUGUAUUACAAUAUAAAUUAAUAACCUUUGUCAAAGGAACAUUUGAAUACACGUUUGUUUAUUACAUUAACAAUGAGCGUUUUUUAAGAUUCCUUGAACUUAAUUAUAAAUUUAAAUCAUACAAGUACCAAUAUACUACUCGUACGUCAUAUUUUUAAUUUGAAUUUUAAAAAGUCUCAGUCUUAAAUAUUUUAUUUUUCCUAUCAUGUAUUAUGCAUCUGCGAAUGAAAAAAAUUAAAGCUGUUUUAUUUGUAAAAGUUAAUUUAUCAUUACUUAUACCACGAAGGUACGAUAUACUAUAUUGUAUUAUGUUUAAUAUUCUACUUCUACUUCUCUUUCGUCUUCAUCCCAACUAUUUGGGUUCGGCCACCCUCGUCUUAAAAUCGCUACUUGUCUGAUCUUUACCUUCCAAUCCUCUACAUCCGCCAUUCUCAAUCACAUCCAACCUCCUCUUUUUUGGUUUCCCCUCUCUUGUACGUCUAUUAAACUAGGUACCUAUAUUAUAAUUUAAACAUAUAGGUAUAUUAAAAAAAUAUAAAUCUGUUACUGUUUAUGGGUUUGCACCUGUUAUAGGUGGGUAUUUGGGAAAAUAAAAAUGUACACUACGGUAAAUCAUUAUUGACAAAGUACGAUUCUGAGACAAACUCAGAUAUUUUCUUCAGUAUUUUGAAAUGGUGUUGUUUUUACAAUUUCCGUCAGAAUAUAACUUAAAACGCAUAUAAUAAAAAAAAAACUACUGUCAAAUUUUUUUUUUUUUUGUAAAAGUUGUAGAUUAUGCCUUUUAAAUGCAUUAAUCAAUGAGUAUCAAUUUAAAUGUAGUACCUAGUUUAAUUAAAAUUUAUAUUUAUAUUUUUCAAUUCAAAAGUACUUCCAGUUAAGAUUCUCAAUUCAAAUAAAUAUUAAGUUAUUCAUUCUAUGUAUUGUGUUAACAGGUCUAACAAUUAUGGUGGGUGUGAUAUUAAUAAUGGAGCAACUCAGCAAGCACCUUCUGUGAAACAAGAACCUACUUGUGCUGAUGAUGGAUACGAAACGAGUGGUGGUGGUACUGAUGCCGAACAAGCCGCUGCCAAACAUUCUGCCGCAGUAGCUGUUGCAGCAGCAGCAGCAGCAGCAGCUGCAGCUCAGCAUCAUAGUAAUAUCAUGAACCAGUUACCUCCGAUGCACCAUCAUCAACAGCAACAUAUGACUGCACACAUGCAUCCACACCACCACGGACAUCCUCACCACCAUCAUCAAAUGAACAACAUGCAACAACACCAGAUUAAGUAUGAAAUGCCUGAUGAUCCAUACAGUUUUGUAGAUGAAGAAAUGCAACAUCAUGGUCAACAGAACAUGCAGUACACUGAAGAAAUGAUGUUACAACAUUUGCCAAAAAAGCGAGGCAGAAAGAAAAAGUUUAAACCAGAGGAUCAAAUGAAGUAAAGUUGAUAUAUAUAUAUAAUUAAUAUUAUUGUUAUGUAGUUUUGUAUCUAAACUGGUUAAUGAUGUAUCUUUAGUUUACAAUGUUUAAAUCCUGAUCAAGCAUUUGGAUUAAUGCAACAUAUGUUGCCAAAAGAUAAAAUGUUAAAUCCUGCCAAAGUGUAUAAGGAGAGAAAGAAACACGAUAGAUUCAAUGGUAUGCCCGAAGAAGAAGUUUCAAAGCGCACUUUACCCGACCAUUUAACCAAUAAUUUGGAUAUUGUAAUUGUGAGUAUAAUAUAAUCUAAUUGUCAUGUUUAAACUUUUUUUUGAGAAUUUUUAAUUUAGUCUUUUUAAACUUCAUUAUUAGAUACCUACAUAUAUAAUAUAAUUAUUAUAUUAUGCCGCAUCUACACCUAAGUAACAGUGUUAUUUAACAAAGUUAAAUUACUUGUUAUACAAAUCCUAUAAAAAUGACCUUGAUUAUAUAGUAUUAUAUUCUUCAAUGGACAGUAAAUAGUGCUAGAAAAUCAAAUAACAAAUAACAUUUCAAACUACUGAGAAAAUUAAUUAAUUAAUUAAGUUUAUUUAUUUAUUUUAGUUUAAAAAAUUUGACAAAUGAAUAAAUCUCAAAUUAUCUUAAACUCUACAAUUAUUUAUACAAUUCUAGAAGAGUGGUGCAAUAAAAAUAGACUUUUUUAAAAUAUGCAUUAUUUAAUUACAUUUAAAUAUAAACUAUAAUAUGAGAUACAUUUCUUUUUAAAAGUUAUUAAUUAACACUGAAAACAUAUCUACUGCAACCGCAAUCUACACCAUCCCUUUUGGGGGAGGGGAAGAUUUGAGUCUGAAAACAACUUAAUUCUUUGACACAAAAUGUUACCUUCCUUUCCCUCAACGUAGUAUAUUUAAUGUUCUGUAUCUGUUAUUGGUUAAACCAUACAAUUUAUAUACAUAUACAUGUAUAUCAGUGUUUUAAAGGCUAAACACAUCUGGUAAAAAAGAUAAACUAGUUUAUCUAGAAAUUGGGUUUGGUACCCUAUACAUACUUAGGACAACAGUACACCAUCAAUGUCCAACCAACAUUCAUCAUCUGAGAAGUAGAUAACAUACAACAUGAUGAUCGGUCUUGAGUUCCAAAUUAUUACUUAUAAAUAUGGACUGCUCAUUAAUAAAUAUUUAAAAAAAAAUUUUUAGUUUAAUUAAAUGAAAUAGAAGUUCCUAAAUUAUGCAUUUUAAGUUUUAUUUGUAUGUUCUUUCAUAAAAAUAUGUCACUUUUUAAAAAAGUAGUUUUUCUAAGCUUUUUUCGAUAAGGAAUCAUUACAUCACUUAAAAGAUCAUUAUCACUAUACUUUUUUCUAUUAAAUAAUGAAGGGUAAACCUUCAUUUAGUUUUUUUUAAAUUUAUUUAAUGUUAAAAUCACACAUAUUACUGCUGUUAUUAUGUCAAUAACAGAUUAAUAUAAUAACAUAUUUCAAUUUGGUAUGAACAUGAAUAUUAUUAUAACAUUUAUUUUUUGGUAUAUGUUAUAUGUUAUGAGAUGUAGAUAUGACAUUAAAUAUAUUAUACAAAAUUUCUUUAAAAUAAUUUGUAAUUGUUAAUUUAUUUAUUUAAGAAAAUAUCAAAUAAUACAUUUUAUUGAUUGGAAUUAUACAUUUCCAGAUUGGUAUAAAUCCUGGUUUAUUCGCUGCUUAUAAAGGUCAUCAUUAUGCAGGCCCUGGAAAUCAUUUUUGUAAGUAAAACUUAAUUAUAUUUUUUGUGAUAACUGUUUAUAAUUUUAUAUUUUUAUUCUUAGGGAAAUGUUUAUAUCUAGCUGGUCUUACACCAGAACCAAUGACUGCUGAUGAUGAUUACAAACUACUUCAAAAUGGUAUUGGUUUUACUAAUAUGGUAGAGCGAGCUACCAAGGGCAGUGCUGAUCUCACAAGAAAAGAAAUUAAAGAAGGUUUGUUUUCAUGUUUGUAAUAAGUCUAUCUUUUUAUAGAAUAAUGAAAUGUGACUGACUGUCUAUAGCAUAGUACUAGUCUUAAAAUCAACAAUAUUUAUUAUUAUGUAUUAUUCAUAUUACUUAAAUGGUGCAUAAGUUAUCCUGUAGCUUAUAAAAAUCAAUAAAAAAAUAAUAAUUACUGAAAUUAAAAUAAGCCUUUAACUUAAACAAAUAUAUAAUUAAAAUGAUGUGACAUACUUGCUUUAAACUUACAACUUUGUGAUAUUGUAUAAUAUAUUAAAUUACUACUUUUGAAACUUUUAGUGUCCUAAAUUUAUUAUUCAUAUUAUUUAGUACAUUCUUCUGUUGUACAAGUAUAUCAAAAUGAGUUAAAUGUUUAUAUUUGAAACAUUUUAGUAUAAUUUUAUAAUAUAUAGUAAAAUAAAUUUUACAUUUUUUAGUAAAUUUUACAAUUUUUAAAAAAUCUAUUUUGUACUUAAUCUCAUUUUAAUAUUUAGCAUUUUUAUACCAGAAUAUAAUCAAUAAUUUAUAUUUGAACUGUAUUAAAAUCUAUGUCCUAAUAAAUGAUUGGUAAUAAAAAUUCUGAAAAAAAUAUUGUCAUUAAUUUUUUUGAAAUAGGCAUUACCUUUAGUUUAAACCUAACCUAACUUUUCAAUUUAAACUAAAUUGAUGCAUUGAAUUAAGAAAAUUGGUCAUUAAAAAAAAAAUUCCAUUCUAUUCACUUGGUGCACCAAAAAACAUAAAUAUGUUCAAUAAUUCUUUUGUAACUUCAAAGGUCAAUAUAAUAAAAACUUAGUCAAGUGGUCUUUGUUAUGAAGAAUGUAUUUAAAAUGGCCAUCAGGUAAACUAUGAAAGUUAAUAAGGUCCACUUGCCCUUGCUUAUUCAUGGGAGGAAGCUAAAAUAGGCAGUAUAACAGGCAACAACGCCUCCUACCUUUUUUUUGAUUGAUUUCUCUAUAUAACUGUUGAAAUUGGCAAUGAAAUUAUUUACAGCAGCUAUUAAUAGGAUAUUGGAGUAGUUUUCCUUUAUUUUCUUGUUCUUUUUUGUCUCCCCUUUAUGUCCCCUGGCCUCAUGAAUGUCACAAAUAAUAUUAGUAAAAUUUUCAAUUGCUACCAUAAUUCUUUGAUAAUCGAGCAUCUAGCUACCUCAAUUAAUUCAAAUUUAUCAAUGACAUGAUAAUAUCGCCUAUGUUUCCUUAUAAUUAAUAUUUUUUUAAUAUUUGAAUUGCUUCUUUUUCUUUUUGAACCAUCCUCUGUGAAUCCGUGAUUAAUUAAUAAUAUUUAUAGAAUAAGUAUACUUAUAAAAAAUAUUUGAAUGCACUGUUCACUGUGUAAAACCGACUUAAAUGACUAAAUAUUAAACAAUAUAUAAUAUUGACAGUAGGUACCUAUAUGGUUUAUUUAGGUAAUAGAAAACCAGUAACAUCAAUAAGAUAAAAUAUUUUAUACUACCUUAUUAUUAUUAUUAGUAAUAUAUAGUUAAAGUAAAUAUAACAUUAUGCAAAAAAUUUAAUUUAUAUGAUUGUUAAAAUAAUUUUAAAUUCUGGUCAUUCAAUGACCACAUUAAUAGUAUAGCACGAAAAAUGUAUUGUUGUAUUUCUUGCAUUCCACAGAAAAAGAGCUGCCUAAUUCAUGCAGUCAGCAAAAUAAUUUUGCUAGUAAAUUUAUAAUACAGUUUUAAUAUAUAAAAUAACUUAUUAUAAACUAUAUUUAUUUAUAAUCAAAAUUCACUAACUCAUAAUAAUGCUUAGUUAUUGAAUUGUUGUUAGGUCAUUUGUUUUAAAAACCACUUUAUACUAUUGUAUAUUUGGGGACAAUUUGUGUACAAUUUUUAUUAAAUUACAUUAAUUAUUUUUUACCUUUUAGGAAGUCAGAUUCUUUUGGAAAAAUUACAGCGGUUUAAACCAAAAAUUGCAGUAUUUAAUGGGAAACUUAUUUUCGAAGUUUUUUCUGGUAAAAAAGAUUUCACAUUUGGUCGUCAACCAGAACUCGUAGAUGGAACAAAUACAGUGAGAAAUAAUUUAUAAUUUAAAUCUUAAUUAUAUAAUUAAUAUAUAUAUUUUCAUUUAUAAAUAUGUUUGUAUCAUGAUCUUGCAAAUUUUAUGUUUAACAUUUAAUUAACAUACAAUAUUAUUAAAAUACUUAACUUUUAAACAUGUUGGCUGUCAUGAAGGUCAUUUUCGACCAUAGAAUUUUUAUUUGGUGGACUAUGAGGAGCUAUUAUCUUGUCCCUCAUUACUGUCAUUUUUGUAGAGUCUUUAGAUCAAAUUGCUUCUCAGUUAGCAUCUAAAUAUUGUCCUAUUAGAUUUUUUGUUAUCAACUGGUUAAAACAAUUUAUUUUUAGGGUUUAAAUAUGUGUAUAUUUAUAUGUAUAUUUCUUUUUCACUGAUAUACAUUGUCAACUUGUUAAAUUAAAUAUUGGAGAAUUCACCAACUUUUUUCAUUUUGUUUUAUGAGAUAUAAAUUAAUUAAAUUAUAAUUAAAUAAUAAAAAUAGCCUUGUGAUUAUUAAUAAUACUUGUUAUAAAAUACAACAUUUCUAAUCAAGGUUUACAUAAAAUUAGUACUGAUGUAAUGAUUUAAUUAUAUUUUUGGUUAAGUACUUAUAAUUGCCACACAAUUUUUAAAUAUUUGAUGAGUUAAAUAAAAAAAAUGUGAUUAAAUUUAUUUUAACUUCAAUUUUUUUUAAAUAAUCAAACAAAACACUGAAACACAUUUCAGCAUAAACAAUAUUGUUGUUAUCAUCAGUACUAUAUUUAUAUUAGCAUUGAUGAUUAUCUACAUUUUGUUGUAAAUUGUAUUGUAUUUUUAUGUAAUCAUUUAGUAGGUAUAAAAAUUUAUAGUUCCAUGACAAAAUUACUUUUUGGUAAAAUGCUCAGUGUACAAAAAUUACCUCAAGUAAUUUAUAAUUUAAUUUGUUUACAGCUGCUCUAAUUAUUUAACAUUUAAUAAAAUUGUAUUUGAAAAUAUAUUAUAUUUAAAUAGGUUUAUAUUGUUUAUUAAUUUAUAUUAUGUGUAAUGAUUUUUAGUACAUGUGGGUUAUGCCAUCAUCUAGUGCUCGAUGUGCUCAAUUGCCAAGAGCUGCAGAUAAGGUACCAUUUUAUGCAGCAUUAAAGAAAUUUCGAGAUUAUUUAAAUGGCCUAGUUGCUGAAAUUGAUGAUAGCGAAGUUGUAUUCUCAUUUACCAAAUUAAAAAAUUAUUACGAGCCAGAUAUCAAAGAUGAACCUAAAGAUGAAGUGGCAUCAGUAUAUUUUAAUAAUUAUAAUUCUGUAGUUGAUAAUCAAGAAACAGUAGAAAGUAUUGUUGAUGUCAAAGAUGAACCACCUGUAGUGCAAAAAAAGAAACGAGGAAGACCAAAAAAAAUAAAAAAUAAAGAUGGUGCACCUGAAGAAGUGAAAGUUAAACGCCCUAAACCUCCAGUAGUUGAAAACCGAGAAGGAAUGCCUAAAAAGAAAAGAGGGAGGCCGAAAAAAAUUAAACCAGAUCCAAAUCAGUUACCACCAGCAAAUAGUAUAGUGCCACCAGUGUUGUCUUGUGAACACAGUAACCCAUCAACCCAAUUAUCAAAUUGUUUCUCGCCACCAACUCAGUCUCCAAUGAACUUAUCACAGUUAUAUGGUGGCAAUAACGUUAUAAAUAAUAUAUACAACAACCAGAGCUCUUCGCAUUCUCCUAUAUCUAAUAGUGGUGGUGGUGGAGGAAGUGGAGGUGGUGGUACCAAUGGUGGUGGUAGCAGUGGAAACAAUCCAAAUUUUCAUCAUCACCGUUCACCUAUUCAAUCACAACAACACAGGUACUCUCAGUCACCACAAGCUCCUUCUUUUACCCACUCUGAUUUGUCAUCGGAAAUUAGUGCAGCUAUUUCUUCAGAACAUAAUUUAGGAUCACGAUCUCCAGCAUCUCCUAGUUUGGGACCACCCGAUUUCGAACCACCAGCUAGUCUGCUAGCCGAAGAUAAUAGUCCGCAUAGCAGUCAACAUAGUAGCGGAGUGACCAAAGAAGAUCUAAUCAGUGUUGAUCAACACUCUAGACCUUCACAAAUGGAAUGCCAGUUUAAUAACUCUGUCGGUGGACCUCAACAACCACAGAAAACCAAUACAAAGAUUGAUAUGCAUCAUUAUCCUCCACCACAUGUUUAUGAUGAAUACUCAGCCAAUGUUGAUUCUGUAGCAGGAUCGCCAGCAUAUCCACCAGCAGAGUCUCCUGUGUAUCCUCCUCCACCUACAGGAUACCCUCAACAACAACAUCAACAUCAACAAAAGAUUACAAAUAGUCAAGAUGUGACAGCAAAAAGUCUAUCUGGCUUAGAGUCUUUGGUUGAACAAAUUCCUAAUAUGAAUGAUAAUGAUGUUCAGCAUGGUGGACAUCAUCAUCAUCAGUAUAUGGAUGAAUCCAAUUCAGGUUAUAUGCCAAAUGAUUAUUCGUGCUCCCCUUCUUUAAAUUAUUCUUAUUCAACAUCACCUUGUACGUCACAAGGAAAUAUGAAUAAUUUUUCAGUCAGCUCAUUAACAAAUGGUGGUAAUCAUCAUCAUCAACAACAAGUCUCGAUGUCACAACCAUCAACAUUUUCUGUCAGCAACUUGACAUCCUCGUACCCACCACCACCACCUCCAAUAAAUUAUAACCAUCAUCAUUCUGGUGGUGUUAUGAUGGAUAUGGAUAGAUUACAGCAGCAGUACCAACAGCCAUACAAUAAUCAGUAUGCCAGCUCAAUGCAAUUUAACGGUGGGUUAGGACCACCUGGAAAUGGAUAUGCACAUAAUACACAUAACAUACAUAUGCCAACACCGAAUUUCCCUUAUCCACCUCAAAACUCAAUGUCCUCAUAUGGUAAUAAUAAUAGUGGUAAUGGAGUUUCACCCUAUAUCCAGUCAAGUGGUGGUUAUUUAUCUGUAAAUCGUAUGGACAUUGGAUAUGGCGGUGGUAACUAUUAAACUCCUCGCGGAAACGCUGUAAAAGACUGCGAUAUUUUCUCAGAUUUUUGUUCAACCAUCGCAUUGUAAUCUCUUUUAUCAAUUAUUGUUUAUAAUAAUAUUAAUUGUAAAUAUUAUAAUACUUGGUUAUAUAUUCAGGGAACGGUUCAUUGACUUGUAUGCAACUAAGAGAAUAGUUUGAGUUAUUAUCUCAUAAUAUUUAUCUUUUAUCUACCCAAUAAUCAUAUUACAUUUUUAUUUUAUAUCCUAAAUUCGAUUAAUUAAAUUGUAAAUACUCUACUUUAUUUUAAUACCUAUAUAUUAUAUUAUAUAAUACGUAUAUUUUUUUUUUAAUUAUCAGUAUGAAAUAAUACGCUGAAGUUACCACAGAGUAUUAAAUUUACUAUCUUCGUAUACAAUGGCACAUUAGAAUCUUAUACAAAAUUUAUAUUUUUUCUUUUUAAAAACUUCUACUUCUGUUCAUUAAAACUAUUCUCCAAAUGAUUGGCGAUAUCGUAAAUUUUGCGAUUUUAACUCGAAUUUGUUCAAUGUCAUCUUUUUGCUCAACCAAUAUUAUUGUUAUAUUAUUAGAGUAAUACAAUAUUUUCACGUUACCAAUAUUUAUCCUCCUAAGUAAUUUUUGUUUUCGUGUACAUUGGUAUUUUAUUUGUUCAAAUGGUUCGUGGGUUCCUAUCGGUUGAUUUAUGAUGUGUCCAAAAGUAUUGUGAUUAUUAUAUACAUUUUAACUGGGUUUGUGCAAUUAAAUCAGUUACCUCAGGUAUAGAAAUUAUUUCAAAAACUGCAAAAUCAAGACUAUAUAUAAAUGCAAUGUUAAUGUUAUAUUGGUCAAAUUAUUACAUAUGACUAUUGAUUAUAAAUAUAAAUAUUUAUAAUCAAUGAUAUAACUUAAAUUGGACACUCCAAAAAAAUGUAUGGAAUUUUUAAGGUAACAAAUGUAUGUAAUAAAUCAUAAUUAAGAUUUGAUACAAAAAUCACUGUGUUUCACAACUGUUUUGGUUUAAAAAUCUAUAAGAAUCAUUUUUUCACAAUUGUUUUAACAUUGACUCCCCCCCCUCCCCAAAUAUGUAUCCAAUUAAAACAGAUUAAAACUAUUAACAAAUUCCACAAAUAUUACUCACUAUUGUAAUUAUUAUGAAAUAAAUUUAGAAAAUAGCAACUUCUUAGGUCUAUUAUAUUUAAUUAAUAAGUAUAAUAUUCUAAAAUAUGCGUUCUGAAACUGCAUAGAUUAUGUCAGUUUUAUUUAUUUUAACACUUUUUCAUUCGAUUUCUAUAUUUAGUUUAUUACACAUUAGUAGAGUUUAAAGUGUUUAUUAUAAAAUAGAAAUUAAUGUAAUACAUUAAGAUAAGCAAAUAUAUUAGUGUAGUAAUAGUAUUAUUGAGAAAACAUUUUGCUUAAUUAUUGAACAUAAUUUGAUUUUAAAUAUGCUAAAACAAUAUAAUACCCCUUUUCAAUUAGAAUACUAAAAAUAUUAAAAAUUAAGUGUUUGUAUUUAAAUGUGAUUAGUUAUCAACCUCUAAAGUUAUUUAUUAUUUGAGCAGAUGAUAUAUACAAAUAAUCAUAAUUUGUUUUGAAAAAUCAUUGAACAUAAAUUUGAGUAAAAUAUUUAUACUGAGACAACAAAAAAAAAUUAAAAUUAAAAUCAAAUGUUUGGGUUUUUAUUAUUAUUUAUGUUCAUUAAUAAUAUAAUUAAAAGUUUUAUCUUUGUUUUUUUUUUUUAUAAAUUUAAAAUUUUUGUUGGAAUUUAAUGUGUAUAACAAAAAAAAAAAAAAAUUGUCAAAUCAUAUUUAUUAAUAUUUCAAAUGUAUAAUUUUACGAAGACAAAUACAUAUUAAAUGUAUACUUAUACAUAUAUUAUGAAAGUGAUCCUCUCAAUUCUUUUAAUAUGUUUAUUUAUUUUCUUCUUUACAAUUAUGCAAAAAUAACAAAACCUCACUAUUUAUAUUAUUUCCUUGUUCUUUGUUAUAUAAUAUUAAAUACAUAUACAUUUUUUAAGAUAUUCAAUUAUUUAAAGAAAAUUUUAUGAGAGUAGACUUGAUAUUAUUUGCUUGUAGUAAAAUUAUUAUAUUUAAUUUGUUUAUUAUUAUUAUUAAUAUUAUUAUUAUUAUUAUUAUUAUUAUUAUUAUUAUUAUUAUUAUUAUUAUUAAUAUACCAAUUACUUCAAUAGUACUAAAAGUAUGUUAUAAAAUAACUUUUGUUUGUUUUUUAAUAAUUAUUGAAAUUUAAUUAUUUUAAUUUUACAAUUUUAUUAAAGUAUGACCCUUACAACUUUUUUUUGUUAAAGUUAAUAUUUGAUACACAAUAAUGACACUUUUAAAAUCAAUACAAUUCCUAUAUAACACACUAUAUAUAAAAAAAAAAUAUACAUUUAUAUAAAUUAUUUUUCCAGUCCUCAUUAAAUGUUCAUACAAGUAUUAUGUGUACUGUAAUAUUAUUUUAUAUAUAAUGGUUUAAUGUCCCGUGUAAGUCUUGAGACAUUUUUAAGCUUAGAACAAAAUGUGCCAAAGGAUAACACACAAAUUGUAUACAACUAAUAUUAUGAUGUGAUUUGGCUCAAAUUCGUUCCUUAAUUUUAACUUGUGUGCGUGUGUCGGUCAAUGUUUUAGGGUUCAUUAGAUUGUCAUCUUUUGUUAUUGUUUUUAUUUUUUUUUGUCUUUUCCAUUUUGAUAGAUUUUUUCGUCAACUUUGUUAGAGUUAUUUCUGUCAGUGAAUAAUUGCAAUACUUGUUAAAAAAAAAUGUAAAAAAUAAAAAAAAAUUUUUCAAUUGUUAUCUAUGUUUAUUAACAACCAGUAGGGAUUAAACUUAAGGACUAAGGCUUAAUGGAAAUUGUUAAAGAACUUAUCUUGAAUUAAAUAUUACAGUCCAAAAUUUGAUUUUAGAAUAAAGUUUGAAAACAUGUUAUAUUGAUCAUAACCCACAGUUUGCACGAAAUAGUAUCAUAAUUGAACCUAUUAGGAAUUUCAUAGAUUAAUCAAUUUUUAUUUAAUUGUAAAUGUUUUAGUGUUCGUAAAUAUAUAAUGGACUGAUAAAAAAUAAUUUUUAUCUAAAAUGUCAUAAAUAAUUACAUUUCUUAUCAUAAUUAACUCUAUUAAUUUAUAAUAUACCUGUAUAUAUUAUAACAAAGGCUUUGCAAUGAAUUAACUAGGUAAAUAAGUAAAACAAACUUUACCUAACAACAGCUGUCCCUGAAUAAAUUAGUUCAUUAUAAUAAAAGAACGUGAUAAGAUCCAACCAAAAUGUUUUCACUUAAUAUUAUGUACUGGUGUUAUAUAUUGGCAACCAUAAAGUAAUUGGUAAACAAAAUGCAAAGAUUAAUAAUAUAACCAAACAAGAUACCAACAAAGAAUAUACUAUUGUAUUUAAAAUCUCAUUUAUAUUUCACUCUUUUAAGAAAAAUAUAUUUAUAUAAUAUUAUAUAUUAUAUUGUGUCUAAUAUUAUACUUAUAUAUUUGUAUGCAUGUAUUAUGUUGGGAUAAAUAUUUAUUUAAUUGUAAUUAUAUUAUAUAAAUAUCUAUUUUUCUCUAACCUUUUAUGUUAGUGAUUAUAUUAAUAUUAGUAAGUUGUAAUUUUUUUUUUUUGUGUAUCAAUUUCGUCCUUUAGAACAUAUUGCAACUUACCUAAUAAAAAUGUACUGUACAAAAUGACUUCUUGUUCAUGAGAUAUUAUAAAUAAGUAUAUUAUGAACUCAAUGAACUGCAAUUAUCUGAUGUCUAAGGAUUUUAUCUUUCAACUUAAUGCAUAUUUUUUUCCUUUCCCAUUUUGUGUAUAUUAUUAAUCUUCUUUUUUUUAUUUUUGUUUUCUAAACAAAUUGUAUUGUAUAUUACAUUAUGAUAUACCUACCUAUGCCGCCCCUUCGUAGCAAUUCUAUAAUGAUAAUUUUGGUAUUUUUUAUUGCUGUGUCGAGUGGACAUUUUCGACAUAACUAAUUUUUGAUUAUACAAAAAAAAAACCAAACGGAAAAAAAAAUGUACAUUGUGUAUGAUAUAUAAACGAAACAAGGUGCAUUUUGAAUUUUUAUUUCUUUUUAGAAAUGUAUCUUAGUAUUAAUAAAAACUGUGAAUAUUUUGUUUUGAUUAUUUAUUUGUUAAUAUAGUCAAAUAGUCGAAAGGGGCUAUGUAUGUAGCCUCUGGUCUAUAUAUUAAUGUAUGAUAAUAUGAUUAAAUAAAGAUAUCGUUUUAGUCUUAAUGUUUUCUUUUUUUUUUUUUAUGGGAGUUGAUUGAACAUUUUGAAAAUGAAAAAACUAUGUAAUUAUUAUUUAUUAUAUUAUUUGAAAUAUAUUAAACGUCACAUUCAGGA